CACUCGACCCUUCCCUCUCAGCGCAACGAUUAAAUAUUUCCAUAGCUUUGCCGUGGUUAUCUGUGUAUGUCAAACGUCUGACCAGCGCAAGGGUAUUUGGGAGAGUCGCAGCGCUCCAAAACGUACGUAAAUAAACUCAGAAUCGCCGUGGCUCCCUGUCAUGCGCAAUGUUGCGUUACACUGCUGCCAUGUUGGAUCAAGCUGUCGAUGUUGCUGUCUGAGUUACGAUGAAAGUUUAGAUUUUUGAGACAGUGGGACACCAGAGCUAACUGGUUUUUUUUGGAAGUCGAAGGAACAUCUGCACCGUAUUUCAGACUCCCUGAACAAGUUAGGGAUUUUACGUUCACCUCGCUUCGUCCGCAACAAACCUGCACCCAUGAGAGGGUCCGGUUGCAGGCCACGGUGAUCAAUGACUGCCUGUCUCUAAUUUUCUCUCUUUUGGAGUUCGCAGUAUUCUGUUUUUGAUUGACAAUUAAGUAUGAGUGGUCAUCCGCCGCCUCGGCGGCCAACGAAUGUCGGAUCCAUACUCCUUACCCCGCAAGAAAACGACAGUCUCUUCAAUCAUCUGGGCAGGAAAUGCAGCACCCUAGCCUCAGGAGUGGUGCAGGUGUUUACGGGUGAGAGGAAUGGCUGCUGGACGAAGAGGUGCUGUGGCGUGGCCUGUCUGGUCAAAGACAACCCCCUGAGGUCCUACUUCAUCCGGAUCUUCGACAUCAAGGAGGGAAAGACCUUGUUUGAGCAGGAACUCUACAACAACUUUGCCGUCACCCCCUCCAGGACAUACUUUCUGACGUUCGCUGGAGAUACAUGCCAGAUUGGCCUGAACUUUGCCAGUGAGGAAGAGGCCAAACGCUUCCGCAGCGCCACCACAGACCUGCUGUCAAGGCGACAGAGGAAAACCGAGAAGAGACGUGACCCACCAAAUGGACCUGCCUUGCCAAUGGCCACCGUGGACAUCAAAAACCCGGAAAUCAACAACAUGCGUUUCCAUAACAAUUCCCAGAUGAACAACAUUGUCCACAGCAACUUCAACAAGAAGGAGAAGAAAGCCAAGGGCAAACGGAAGAAACUGACCAAGGCGGACAUUGGCACGCCAAGCAACUUCCAGCACAUUGGACAUGUGGGCUGGGACCCAAACACAGGCUUUGAUUUGAACAACCUGGACCCUGAGCUGAAGAACCUCUUUGACAUGUGCGGCAUCUCGGAGGCCCAGCUCAAAGACAAGGAGACGUCCAAGGUCAUCUACGACUUCAUCGAGAAGAAGGGUGGCGUGGAGGCGGUGAAAAAUGAACUCCGCAGACAAGCCCCCCCUCCCCCACCCUCACGUGGCGGCGGCGCCCCCCCACCUCCUCCACCGCCCCACCACAGCGGCGGACCCCCACCCCCUCCACCUGCGCGCGGCCGCGGAGCGCCACCCCCUCCACCCUCCCGAGCCCCCUCCUCUGCUCCGCCGCCCCCUCCGCCCUCCAGACCGGGCAUGACCGCCCCACCUCCACCCCCUCCACCCUCCAGAGGGCCUCUGCCUCCCCCACCCCAGCCUGCCCACGCCUCCAUCGCUCCACCAGGGCCUCCCCCACCUCCCCCUCCCUCCUCCUCCUCUUCCUCUGCUGCCUCCUCUCCCUCCAUGGGUGGAGGAGGAGGAGGAGCGCCCCCUCCUCCACCACCACCCCCACCCCCACCGGGACCUCCACCCCCAGGGCCUCCCCCACCGCCUGAGAACGGCGGGGGGGAAGGGCUGGACUCACCCGGCACCGGGGGCAAGUCGGCGCUGCUGGAGCAGAUCCGCGGCGGCACCCAGCUGAAGAAGGUGGAGGCCAACAACAAGCCCGCCGCCACGUCUAUCGGCCGCGACGCACUCCUUGACCAAAUACGACAGGGCAUCCAGCUCAAGACUGUGACUGACGGCCCGGACUCGGCCCCGUCCGCUCCGGCCCCGUCUGCGGGCAUCGUGGGAGCCCUGAUGGAGGUGAUGCAGAAGAGGAGCAAGGCCAUCCACUCCUCUGAUGAAGAUGAAGAUGAUGAUGAAGAGGAAGACUUUGAUGAUGAUGAUGAAUGGGAUGACUAGUGACCCCCUUCCUAAGUAAUAAUGACACUAAAUUGCUCCUGUCUUUCUAAAAUCUUAUUCAAAUUAUAAUGUAAAUGUUCUAUCAGUUUUUUUCUUCUUCUGUAUAUUUUUGUUGCCUUUAAGCUUUUUUUUUAUCAUUAAUCUGUGCAAUACCUCAUUUAAUCUGUAAUGGUUUGUCAUCCUCUGUAAAGUUUUUUUUUUUUUUUU